UCACUUUUCUCUCCUCCCCGCUCUCUCUGCAUCUCUCUCUCUCUUUCAAAACAUACCUCCUCUCUUCAUUCCUCCGCCUCCCCUCCCUUCUGGAUCUCUGCCUAGCUACUGCUGUCCCUGUCCGUUCUCCUCCAUCCCUCCUUCAGCCACUCUGUGUUUCUCUCCUGGAUCCUCCCAUCUCUUCCUGUCUCCUCUGUGAAGCUGUCACUGUCUCGUGUGUGGAAACAUGUCAACCGUUCUGGAUGUGGAGCAGAAUGCGUGUACUGGAGAUGCAGUGGAGCAUGACAUUGAGACGCCCCACGGUGUGCUCCAUGUGACCAUGAGAGGCAGCCCUAAAGGCAACCGUCCCGUCAUUUUGACCUACCAUGACAUCGGCCUGAACCACAAGUCCUGCUUCAACACACUGUUCAACUUUGAGGACAUGAUGGAGAUCACUCAGCACUUCGCUGUGGUUCAUGUUGAUGCUCCUGGACAGCAGGAGGGAGGACCCCCAUUUCCUACAGGAUACCUGUAUCCUACCAUGGACGAGCUGGCAGAGAUGUUGCCCUCAGUCCUGACUCAGCUGAAGGUGAACAGUGUGAUUGGCAUUGGAGUGGGCGCAGGAGCGUACAUCUUAACCCGCUUCGCUCUGAUUCAUCCGUCGCUGGUUGAGGGGCUUGUUUUGAUCAAUGUGGACCCCUGCGCUGAGGGCUGGAUAGACUGGGCUGCUUCUAAGCUGACUGGAUGGACUAGCAAUCUUGUGGACAUUGUGAUGGCGCAUCACUUCAGCACUGAGGAACUGACUGACAACCAGGAGCUGAUCCAGACGUACCGCCUGCACAUCGCACAGGACAUCAACCAGGACAACCUGGCCCUCUUCUGCGGCUCAUACAACGCGCGUCAAGACCUCGGAAUCGAGAGGCCUAUUGCUGGUCUUAAUGAGAACAUAGUGAAGACACUGACAUGCCCUGCACUUCUGGUGGUUGGAGACACUUCCCCUGCGGUGGAGGCUGUGGUUGAAUGCAACUCAAGGUUAAAUCCGACAAAGACCACCUUGCUCAAGAUGGCUGAUUGUGGAGGUCUGCCUCAGGUUGUUCAGCCUGGAAAGCUGGCCGAAGCCUUCAAAUACUUUGUACAAGGAAUGGGCUACAUCCCUCAUGUUUUGCUCAGUCAUCUGAGCUGUGAAUCAGUACCUGCAGCCGGCAUGACCCGUCUGUCCAGAUCCCGUUCCUCAUCCUCCAGCAUCACCUCCACAGACGGAUCCCGCAACCGCAACCUCAACAGCCCACUGGACGGGCCCAAUUCUGGACCACAAACCAUGGAGGUGUCCUGCUAAAGCUCAAAUGUCCUCCUGCUACUGCUGUAUGAAUAGAGAGGCAGACAUGUGUGAUAUACUGAAGGUAUGCAUAGUGAAUAUAUAUAUAUAAAGAUGUUACUACACGCUAGCCACAUUUUCAGUCAUUAAAACGGAUCAAAUGAAAGAUUAAUAUAUAAAUAACAGUGAGGGUCUUCCAACUGGUUUGAGAUGCAUUUGAUUCACUUUGUUUUCAAUUAUUACAGUGAAACUCACUUAAAGGAAAACACACGCAUUAAAGAAAUAGCUUUUAUGUUUUACGCUGUGACCUGUGACCUUUCCUGUCUGCUUAACUUGCUUCAUGGUGUUAUAUUGUUUCUUUUUUUUGUCUUGUUUAAUAACCGUCUUUCAAGUCACUCCCCUGUUUAUCUUAUGAAUGUAAUUAAUAUUUAAGAGCUAACUUUUGUUGUAUUUAUAUUAAGAACUCUUAACAGGAUACUACUAAACACAUCAGCUAUUAGGAGAUAAACACUCGGGGUGGUCUUUAUUUUCAGUUUAAUUUGUACUUUUAAUAUUUUUAAAUAUGCAAAUCGAACGUAGCAUCUUUCUUUUGUACGUUUACCCCCUUACCAUUUUUUAACAUCAUUAUUAUUCCUAAUCGGAGCAUAAAUCAAUGUACACAUGGAAUGACAGCUUUCAUGGACAUGAAAUAGUGUCACUGUCCACUGGUUCUCAGUUAAUAAAUAAAGUUAUAUCAUGGAAAAAACA